GUCAAAUCAGGUGACGGGACUAUAAGGUUCGUAAAUCCCACAUAACAGUGUGUUUUAUAACUGUGUGAUGAACGGCUGUCUUCUACGUCAGCUCUAGAUUUUAAAAUGAAUAGUUAUAAAAGAAAAUUCACGUUGGAUAUUCCCACGAUGCCAUCGUCGUCGGUGACGUCAACAUCGCUGGAGGUUUUUCGACGCCGAAAUUCACAAACUGAGUACGAACAGCGCUUUAAUGACCCUCUUCCGUCCUUUCAGAGCGAAGAACUCCGAGCUGAUCUGGAAAACGGUUGCACAAACUCAACGAAAAAAGUUGGCUGGCCAAAUUCCAAAGAUGACUACGUCUUGGCCGAAGUUAUUGGUGUCGGGGCUACAGCUGUUGUACAUUCUGCCUUUUGCAAGCCUCGCAAUGAAAAAUGUGCCAUAAAACGAAUAAAUCUGGAAAAAUGGAAUACCAGCAUGGAAGAGCUCCUAAAAGAAAUUCAGGCUAUGUCUUCAUGCCAUCAUGAAAAUGUUGUUACAUAUUUUACAUCCUUCGUUGUUGGGGAAGAACUAUGGCUUAUCCUCAGGCUUCUCUCGGGAGGUUCCUUGCUUGACAUAAUUAAGCAUAGAAUGAAAGCGACUGAUUGCCGUCACGGUGUUUUUGAUGAAGCGACUAUUGCAACAGUACUAAGAGAAGUUCUCAAAGGACUGGAAUACUUUCACAAUAAUGGCCAGAUACACAGGGACAUUAAGGCUGGAAACAUUCUGCUGGGAGAAGAUGGUACAAUUCAAAUUGCUGAUUUUGGAGUUUCGUCAUGGCUGGCAACCGGUGGAGACCUGAGUAGGCAAAAGUCAAGACAUACUUUUGUUGGAACACCUUGCUGGAUGGCACCAGAAGUUAUGGAACAAGUCACGGGUUAUGACUUUAAAGCCGACAUCUGGUCCUUAGGCAUCACCGCUAUUGAACUAGCCACGGGUACUGCGCCCUACCACCGUUAUCCUCCUAUGAAGGUAUUACUACUGACCUUGCAAAAUGAUCCUCCUUGCCUAGAAACGGGCACAGAAGAGCGUGAUCAGUACCGAGCUUAUGGAAAAAGUUUUAGAAAACUCAUUGUUGAUUGCCUUCAAAAAGAUCCCACCAAACGGCCUACUGCCACUGAAUUGCUCAAGCAUCCUUUCCUGAAAAAGGCCAAGGACAGGAGGUAUUUGGUACAAACCCUGAUUGCCCAAGCUCCAUCUUUAGAGGCACGGUCUCAGAAGACUCGUAGCUACCGAAAGGCCCCCGGGGCGUCUGGACGAUUGCACCGAACUGAAGCGGGUGACUGGAUCUGGUCUUCGGACUCGGAAGAUGAAGCACACUCGAACGACGAUUCGGACGAUGAGGGACAAUCAGAGAAACCUCCAAACCCUCUGAUUCAAAAGGAGCUGUCUCAGCAACAGCAAAGUGAUUCUAGAGCUUCCGACACACAUUUAUCCGGCAGUAGCACAAGCAGCUGCGCAAGUGCCAUUAGUGAACCUGAGGAUGCUGGACAUCGGCCUUUACCAGCUGCUCCACCGUUCGCCCCCGAACCGUUGCCGACGCAGUCUCAAGCGGCUCUUGUUGGCGAACUUGACCCUAUUAAUUUAGUUUUAAGAAUGAGAAAUGCAAAACGAGAGCUUAACGACAUCAGAUUUGAAUUUUCCGUUGGACGUGACUCAGCUGAUGGAAUUGCUUCAGAACUCGUUGCUGCAGGACUUGUAGAUGGCCGGGAUUUGGUUGUCAUUGCAGCCAACCUUCAAAAGAUCCUUGAUGGGCUUCCGAUUACGACGAGUGUGACAUUUGGUUUGAGUUCAGGAUGCGUUGGAAACGAGGUACCGGAUGACAGAACGCUAGUUGGAUUCGCUCAGCUUUCCAUCGCUGAAUGAAUUAGCCCAUUUGUUUGCCUGCUACUGCCGAUUUUGAGUGCUUAUUAUACUUUUUAAUUUAACAAUUCCCCAAGAGUAGUCAUCAUUUUGGUCUUUUGGGAAGCCUUCUGGUGGAAGAAUUUAGGUUGAAGGCAUUUUUUUUCCUGUUUUUGCAUCCUAUAACAUGCCGUCUGACGUUUGUGCAACAAUAGCUUGUAUAUGAUGAUCCAUUUUAAUGACAUUGUGACGUUGACUUGCCCACCCUACCCCUAAUUUCGUGCACUGCUUUCCUGUUGUUCAUUUCAACGAAUUGCCAGUUUGUCUAGAUCGAACAAGAAGAGGCGCUUCAACAAUUGCUGUUCUGCGCACGCAUUUACUCAAUACCCGGCUUGCCCGUGACCUGACACAACAGGCGUGCAACUGCAUCGAACUUAUCUUAAGAUGUGUAAUUUCAAUGCAUUCAAUACAAAGGCUAGUACACUAAAA